AAUCUUAUGGCUUUUAAGAAGUUAUUGGGUAAGAUUCAGAUCCUUUUGAAUGUUUUGUAUGAUUCUUUGGUUUACUGUACACAGCGCUGACCAAUCAGAGUUUGUUUUACAUUUUAUGCUUACUUGAUCAAAGAUGGCGGCAAGUGAGGAAAACAUUCCACCUGUGUUGAGAGUUAGUCAGCUCGAUGCAGCAGAGUUAGACAGUGCCAUCCUUCAACAUCUCAAGUCACAAGUGUCAAGAUGCUUCCAAUACUUCAAGCCUGGCGUCCUGACCAGAGUUGAACCAGAAGUAAAUGCUUGCCUUAGAUUUCUUCUAUGGAAGUUUACCAUCCAUACUGCAAGUGCAACAGUUGGGCAGAAGCUGUUAAACCUGAGAUACAGUGGCAGUCCAUCCCCGACGGCAGGUCUAACGGACCGGCAGAAACUCCUGUACGCGCUUAUCGUGGUUGGCGGAAAGUGGCUGCAGGAUCGGUCACAUGACCUAGCCAUCUGGACCGGCCAAACGUCCUUGUUUCAAUUGGUUUUUAAGGUAUUAACCACAGCUGAGAACUGUUUGAAGGUUGCCUCUGUGCUGAACUUCCUGGUGUUCCUGCAGCAGGGCAGGUACCAGUCCCUCCUGGAGCGCGCUCUCUCCAUACGGCCUGUUUACGACAGGAAGCAGGCAAUCAGACAGGUCAGCUUUGAGUACAUGACCAGGGAGUUGCUGUGGCAUGGAUUUGCAGAGUUCCUGUUCUUUCUGCUACCCUUGAUCAACAUCAGGAGAUGGAAGAAUGUUGUGACGAAUCAGCUGCUAGGUUCAGGGCGGCAGGACUGUGAUGUGAACCUGCGAGGUCCUGUGGAACUGAAGGAGUGUGCCGUGUGCGGGGAGUGGCCCACCAACCCUCACGACAUCGGCUGUCAACAUGUCUUCUGCUUUUACUGCAUCAAAGCCAAUCAGCUGGCAGAUCCAGGCUUCAGCUGUCCAACCUGUUCCCAGCCAGCCAAUCAGAUCAGGCCAGUCAACAGUGUUCCGGUCACCAUCAUGUCGUCAUAACAACAGCUUGAAAUAGAUGAUAUUUCUACUA